AUGAGUAACAGAAAGAAAUUUUAUGAUCCAUCAGAUAAUGCUCUCACAGCCAAGAACAUUUAUUGUAUUGGUACUCUGCGAUCAGAUAGAAUUGAAAAAGCUCCACUAACUGAUCUGAAAAAACAGAAACGAGGUACAUCGCAUGUGUUGAGGGAAACGAAAACUAAUUUAGUUCUGAUCAGAUGGCAUGACAAUAGUCAAGGUACCAUCGGGACUAAUUAUUAUGUGGAAAAUGGUGCAUAUGCUUCACCGAAGGAUUCUGCAAAAAAUGGCCAAAAGAAGAAGAGAAACGUGUAG